CAACGCGACUGCAGUUUUCAAACCUCAACUGUAGGAUCCGGACACUCUCUCCGCUGCGGUCGCUGGGAGCCACCUCACAGGAGGCCAGGUCACAACUGUUGGCCGUUGUCCGGAACAGUAAAAGUGGGUCCUGCUACGCUCGGAGCUACCCGGCGCCUCACCGGGCUACAGCUGGCGAACGCGUCCUGUCGUGGCCACCGGCGUGGGGCGGGACGGGAGCCCCCUUGGAGGGGCCAACCCCGAGAGAACCUGCUGCGGCCCGAGCGGUAAAAAUAAGUGACUAAAGAAGCAUAUCUGGAAGUCAUCUAACAUGUCGAGGAGAAGAUUUGAUUGCCGAAGUAUUUCAGGCUUGCUAACUACAACUCCACAAACUCCAAUAAAAAUGGAAAACUUUAAUAAUUUUUAUACCCUUACAUCUAAAGAGCUAGGAAGAGGGAAAUUUGCUGUGGUGAGACAGUGUAUAUCAAAAUCUACUGGCCAAGAAUAUGCUGCAAAAUUUCUAAAAAAGAGAAGAAGAGGACAAGAUUGUCGAGCAGAGAUUCUACAUGAGAUCGCCGUCCUUGAAUUGGCAAAGUCCUGUCCCCAUGUGAUUAAUCUUCAUGAAGUUUAUGAAAAUACAAGUGAAAUCAUUUUGGUAUUAGAAUAUGCCGCAGGUGGAGAAAUUUUCAAUUUGUGUUUACCUGAGCUGGCUGAAAUGGUCUCUGAAAAUGACAUUAUCAGACUCAUUAAACAAAUACUUGAAGGAGUUUAUUAUCUACAUCAGAAUAACAUUGUACACCUUGAUUUAAAGCCACAGAAUAUAUUAUUGAGCAGCAUAUACCCUCUUGGGGACAUAAAAAUUGUAGAUUUUGGAAUGUCUCGAAAAAUAGGAAACGCAUGUGAACUUCGGGAAAUCAUGGGCACUCCCGAAUACUUAGCUCCAGAAAUUCUGAACUAUGAUCCUAUUACCACAGCAACAGAUAUGUGGAAUAUUGGCAUAAUAGCCUAUAUGUUGGUAACUCAUACAUCCCCAUUUGUGGGAGAAGAUAAUCAAGAAACAUACCUCAAUAUUUCUCAAGUUAAUGUAGAUUAUUCAGAAGAAACUUUUUCAUCAGUUUCACAGCUGGCCACAGACUUUAUCCAGAGCCUUUUAGUAAAAAAUCCAGAGAAAAGACCAACAGCAGAAAUCUGCCUUUCUCAUUCUUGGCUACAGCAAUUGGACUUUGGAAACUUAUUUCACCCUGAGGAAACUUCCUGUUCCUUUCAAAGUCAAGAUCAUACAGUAAGGUCCUCUGAAGACAAGAUUUCUAAAUCCUCUUGUAAUGGAACCUGUGAUCGAGAAGACAAAGAGAAUAUCCCAGAGGAUAGCAGCAUGGUUUCCAAAAGAUUUCGCUUUGAUGACUCAUUGCCAAAUACCCAUGAACUUGUUUCAGACUUGCUCUGUUAGCACUUUUGUCUUUGACUCAUUUGGACUGAAUUUGGAAUUUGAAAUUCGCUCCAGUGUGAAAUUGUGUUUUGUAGCUUAAUAUAUGGCAUGUUUAUGUUGUAAAUGUUUAUGUUGCACUUUUGCCUAAAAGAAUUUAGGGAAUUAUUUUAAUGUUAAAUUACUAGUUACUGGCAUAAUUUCAUUUCCUAUCCUGAGAAGUUAACCAAUGCAGAGAGGAAAAUAUUUAAAUAUAUGACCAAAAAUAAAAGUGUGCAUGUGAGUUUACAUUUAUUGGAAGACUUUAAAUUCAAUGGAUUUAUCAAAAUGUUUUACAUAUCAGGAAAAAGAAUGAUUUGGAUUAUACUAUGGUUAAUAUAAACAACAAAAUGAAGACAUUUGAAUUUUUUUUUAAUUAAAAUUUGUUGGGGUGAAAAUGGUUAGUAAAAUUACAUAGGUUUCAAGUGUACAAUUCUGUAAUACAUCAUCUAUAUAUCAUAUUGUGUGUUCAACACCCAGAGUCAGUUCUCUUUCCAUCACCAUAUAUUUGAUCCCUUUUUACCCUCUUCUGCUAUCUCCCAACAUUUGAAUUUAAUAGAUUCUCUAAGGUCAGUUCUAUAUCGUGCCUCUAUUGAGACAAAAUUUUGUUUAGACUAACACUGUCAAGUUUAAGAAAGAAUAUUUUAUAGAUGCUCAGAAGCUAUUUUACAUUUAAAAAUAUUUUUCAAUCACAAAAAUUAUGAAACUACAAAAGAUUUCCAUUAUACAAAUAUAUGGAUUGCUAUAUGAGAUAGAUCGUUUACAGAGCAAAGAGGGAGUUAGAAACCUGAUUAGGAAUAAUCUGUACAAAUUAGAGCAGAGGAAAGAGUAACAUGCCUUUUUAACUCAAAUGUCCUUUGCCUACUCAACAUCCUUCAGAUUUAAUAAGGUCUGACAGAUGGAGAAUAUAUGGUAUACAAGUGUAAAGGGUUUUCACCCUCCAGAAUUUCUAGAGUAGAAGAUAACUUAGGUAAAACUGAAUGUACUCUGUUUUCAGUCAACCAAACGUAUUUAUUAAUUGAGUAUAGAAGAAAAUGCUGACAGACUUAGGCAACUUAACAGUAUUUUAGAUGUCUUCUAAGUCUUGGAAUACAAUCCAGUCAUUCAAAGUUCUAAAAGCAUGAAUAAAAACAAUCACAGCACCAG